AAAAAUACUCAGUUUAAGACAGACCCAUAGAUAAGCAUCAAAACUCGGUAUUAUUAUUCCUCGUCAUUACGCCUUUGACCCACUCUUGUACCAACACGUGUCACCAUCACUGUCCCCUCCACCGCAGCCUUAUUAGUAUAAUCAGCAUUACAGGAUUAAUAUAAUUAUUGAUUGAUUGGAGACUCAUAAUUUGUCUGACUUAAACACAGUUUAGGAGAAUAUAAUUUUUUCUUUUUGGUAAAGCUUAGUGAAGUGAUCAUGGCGAGUAUACAGAUGAUCAGAGACGAUCAUGAUUAUACUCCGAGGAGUCCUGAGGCUAAGCUGGGGAUGAAAGUAGAGGAUCUAUGGGAUGUUCAAGAACCUCAGCUUAGUCCUACUGAGAAACUUAACGCUUGUUUUGAAAGUAUUCCGGUCUCUGCUUUUCCUUCUGCUCCGUCGUCUCAAGUGGUGGAGAUAAGAUCAGAUACGAGCUUAGCAGAUGCAGUGAAGAUAUUAGCAGAUAAUAAAAUACUCAGCGCGCCGGUGGUUGAUGUCGAUGCGACGGAGGAUGCUAGUUGGAUGGAUAGAUAUCUUGGUGUUGUUGAGUUUGCAGGAAUUGCUGUUUGGAUUUUGCAUCAGUCAGAACCUCCAUCUCCUAGGAGUAGAAGCACUGGAACAGCGCUUGCUGUGGCAGCUAAUGGAUUAAGUAAUGCUGCAGGGCUGGGGACAUUAGGUCCUGAAGAUGCUUCCGCAACUUGUGGAAACUUUUUUGAAGCUUUGACUUCUUCUGUCUUUUAUAAGAACACUAAGGUUGGAGAUAUCUCGGGGUCAUUCCGUUGGGCGCCAUUUCUUGCUUUACAGAAUUCAAACUCUUUCUUGACAAUGCUUCUUUUGCUUUCGAAAUACAAAAUGAAAAGUGUCCCUGUGCUUGAUCUUGGUGGAGGGAAGAUUAAUAACAUCAUUACACAGUCUGCUGUAAUUCACAUGCUAGCAGAAUGUGCUGGACUCCAAUGGUUUGAGAGCUGGGGAACCAAGAAACUUUCAGAAAUUGGACUUCCCUCUAUGUCCUCCAAUCUUAUCGUCAAGGUAUACGAGGACGAGCCUGUGCUCCAGGCAUUUAAACUAAUGAGAAAAAAGGGAAUUGGAGCGUUACCUGUUGUCAAAAGUGAUGGUAAAAAGGCAAUAGGGAAUAUAAGUCUGAGAGAUGUGCAGUUUCUCUUAACUGCACCAGAGAUAUAUCACGAUUAUAGGUCUAUAACAGCAAAGAACUUUCUGACAGCAGUUAGAAACUACUUGAAUGAGCAUUAUGAUAGCUCACCGAUGGUGAAUGGCAUGGUUACAUGCACUAAAGAUAACACUAUGAAGGAACUGAUUCUGAGACUUGAUUCCACAAAAAUUCAUCGAAUAUACGUUGUGGAUGAUGACGGGAAUCUGGACGGGGUAAUUACACUAAGAGAUAUUAUUUCAAGACUUGUACACGAGCCCCGUGGCUACUUUGGCGAUUUCUUCGACGGAGUAUUGCCUCUUCCCCAGAGCACUAGAGUUUAAGAAAUAUCAAUCGUGAUAUGCUCCAAUGACCCACAGUUCUUCUCAAAUCAUAAGUGCAAAUCUUCUCUGGAUUGUUUGCCGGCGAGAAAAUAUAGUGAUUGUAGGGUGUAAGAUAGGUGAGUGCCAUGCAAUGCAAUGAGCUUUUUCUGCUUGUAGGGGGUGGUUUGUGUUCUCUGUAUAUUGAUGUAUCUAUGAACUGAACUGAGUUUCAAGAAUUAGGUAAUAAUAUGAAAGCUCAGUUGGCAUGGUUAUUCCAUGCUCUGUAGUUCCUGCGCUUCAGUUGCAAAGCAAAUAAUGAAGCAUUUGAUCAUGUUAUUUUUCUUUCUUAUUUGAAUGAAUAAAUAUAUUGAAGUUAUAUUUUA